GUAGUCCUAGAAAUUUUCAUUCGUGUGAGAGUUAGCCAAAAAAAAUUAAGCUAAUUUACUCCAUUACCCAGAAUCCAUUAUAACCCAACUCGACGAUAGUUUUGUGUACGCCUCUUGGGUUUUGAGAGCGCUUUUUGUAGUAACUUCUAAGCGCAUUUUGACGAGAGAAAUAAAAAAAUUAUAUUGAUUAUUGUACUUCGCGCACACUUUUAGUAAAGAAGAGAUACUAAAGUGAUAGUUGGGACUGUAUCAUAGUAGCGUGCAGUGUUGUAUUAACUAGUGAUGAUGGCAUUUCCAGGUCACAACCCUGACCUGUUUAGGUGGAGAAGAGUCGGCUCUGCAAACAAGAUUCACACAAAGAAAGAAGAUAUUGAUAAAUGGAAGAAGCAAGUGGAGAUGGCCUCAGAAUUUGCUGUGUCUGAAGUCUUCCCCUACAAAAAACCUAAACUGGGAAUCAGCAGCUUAGCUGUACCAUUGCAAAGCACUGAACAGCUGAGAGAUCAUGAUGAGGCUUACAGUGAAGCUCAAGACCUUGUAGGUGACUGGCUGAGUAAUAAGCUGAGGCUGGAGCUGGAGUUGGAGGAUGAAGAUGACCUGAUGUGCUCUGCUGAGAGGAUGGGCACGGCUGCACAAGCUAGUGCUCUGCCUACUGCUCUAGACCACAACACCUUUGAUGAACUCUAUAACUGCCUCGCUGAGGGAGAAGAGCAGUCAGCGGUCAACAGCUUCCUACAAGACCUCAUGGAGCAGGAGCUGUUGGACUCUAGGAUGAUGGAGGAAAUGGCGCUUGACGUUCAACAAACAAGGAAAAAGUUUAGAGACCCGAUCGUUACCAUGGAGGCCCGACACCAACAGGUGAAAGAUAACAGGGCCCGACGGGAGGCUGAAAGACAGAGAGAGCAGAGAGAGAGGGAGGCCCAGCGAGCCGCCAGAGAGGAGGCAAAGAAGAGGGAGCGAGAGGAGGAGAUGAGGAAAAGGCAGGAGAAACAUAGGCAAGAGGAGAUGGUGCAGCAGGAGAUGGUGAGGCUGAGACGGCAGAUGGAAGAGAGGAGAGGCCUGGAACAGACGGUUCGACGGAGGGAAAGGGAAAAUCUCAUGAAACAGCAGCAUGAGGACACUAAGCGACUGUAUCAAGAACAGAUGAUUGAAAGAAAGGUUCACAUGAACAACCUCAAGUGCCUGCAAAGGCAUUUCUCUGGAUGGUAUUCAGUGGUGCUGGACGUAAGGCUACGUACGGGUAAGGCCAUGGCUCUCUGUGACUGGAAGAGAAAGCUAAAAGCAUGGCGGGCAUGGCGAGCAGUGGUGUGGGCAGAACAAAAGCAGCGCGAAGUGACAAGAACAGAGGAAGCACUGCGACUCGAAAACAGACAAUGCCAGCUGGCUGCUGAAAAUGACCGAAGACGGUUGCUACGGCGGUGCCUGAAUGAGUGGCAGCUAUGGUGUCGGAUGAAGAAGGAACAACGUGAGCUUUUGGCCCGGCAGCAGGAAAUCAAACAAAAGAUGGCUGCCCUAAUCAGUGCUGCAUCAGCAGGCAAACUCAGGGCCACAGAAAGUCCAGCUUAUCAGCCAAUAACAGCCCCACCGGAGGCACCGAACCAGACCACAGAGAAGGAAGAUCACCACAGGUCUGACACACCUGAUGCCUCUGCACUGCUUCAGGACAAGGCUCCCGUGAUUACUGCGGCCCAGCCCUCUCAGCCAUGGCAGGUGACCCGGCGGCAUGCAGCGCCUACUGCUGCUGAGCUCCGCAAGGCACGGCAGAGAGAAGAGGAGGGUGGCGGCUGCGCCCGUUCGGUAUCAGUAUCACCAGGCAGCAGGUUUGAAAACAGACAUGUUGCCCAGAAGCAGAUCAUCGCGCAACAGAGGGAGCGGCUGAAAGAGCAGCAAGAGCAAAUUGACCGGCUGAAGCAGGAGCAGAAAAUGAGGGUCUUGAAGCUGGAAAUGGAGAGAGCUGCACAGGUUACCCAGUCAACAAUGCUCAGAGGCUUGAGACCAAAGAGUCGCAAUAUUGACACCAGGGAGCAGAGGGCACCGAGAGGAACUGGAGAACCUGACAAUCAGAGCACGACCUCGAGGAAAGCUGUCACGCCGCAGACAUGCCCCCAUCCACUCAUCACAGCCAUGGAGGCCCGAGCACAUCAGCGCGCAGAGCGAAGGAAGGAAAUUGAGGAAUUCAAGAGGAAGAAAGAAGAGGAAAAGCUGGCUCAGAUGAAAGCCGCUGAGGAGCUCAGGCAGAAGGAGGAGGAGGAGGAGAAACGCAAAGCAGCAGAAAGGCGAAGGGAGGAAAAACGGCUGGAAAGAGAGAGGGAAGAGGAGAAACAGAGACAACUGAAAAGGCAAAAGGAGCUGAUGACACUGGCCGGCCAACACUACCGCAGAACGUCAUUGCUGCGACGAGGCCUGGCGCCAUGGAAACGCCUCAUUCAGCUCAGACAAGACAGCGUGGAGCUGGCUGAGCGUCAUCACAAUUUCGUCCUCCUGAGGCGGUGCACAUUAGGCUGGCAGCAAUCAGCAAGAGAGUCUCUGUCUAACAAAGAAGCUUGUGCUGACCAACUGCACCAGCACCUUUUGCUUCGGAGGAGCUUAAACUGCUGGAAAAGACUGAGAGAUGUGCAGAUAAUUCAGGAAGAGCGAGCUGAGCGCUUCUAUCGCACACGCACUCUGAGGAGGUUUCUGCUGGCGCUGUUGGACCACGUGACUCAGGCGAGGCUGAUGGAGUGGGACCAUCAGGAGCUGGCUCAGGAGCAUAAUAACAGACGAGUGCUGCGGCAAUGUUUCCUGGCCUGGAGGCAGCUUCCAUGUUUGCUGCGCAAGGAAAGAGAGAGAGAUGUACGGAGGGAGAAGCUGUGCCGUAAAGUGACUGAGGUUCUCCCGGAUUUCUGCUCCCAUCCACUGUAAAGCCUCUGGGAAGACCAACAGUCUAGGCAACAUAAUGCUUGCUGAUACAGUUGGCAUGAAAACAUUAGAGCAUCACUCUGGAAGAUGAAAACACUGCACAUU